UGACGACACUGUCAAAAUUGGAACAAUAAUUAUUAUUAUUUGUCAGUGUCAUUCCAAACGAGUCAAAUUCAUGUAUUUUGAUAGGUCGUUUGUUCGUUUGGAAUAUCACUGACGGAUAAUCAUGACAGUUGUCUUCACUCUCCUUACAUACACUCUGAGAAAAUCUGUCUUUCGAGUGUUUACAUGGGAAGUUAGUGAAGUUUAACUGUUAUUCAGUAAAAUUUGAUAGUAACAGUAAUAUUCUAUUUAAAGUAAUUUAUAUUACAAAAUGUCAACAAGCAAACAGAUAAUAUCUGAAAGUUUGUCAUUGACAACCAUGUCACCGGAAACGGCACUGAAGCUAUUUGAAAACUGUGCUGUUCUGAUAAUUGCCGGGGUACCUCCCGGGACCGAGUUUGGAAUAGAUCUUAAAAGUUUUUACGUUGGUGAAGAUUUCCGCGGAGUUAAAAUGAUUCCGGAAGGUGUGCAUGUCAUUUACUGCUCUUCGCGUGGACCCUAUGGCGAUAUGGCUCCAAGAGUUGGUUUCACGCAUUUCUUUAAACGUGGUGAGAUAGUAAUUCGUGAAUGGGAUAACAAUACAGAAGAAUUACGUCACAGAGUCCAUAAGGGCAUUAUAGACGAAACGGACAAUAUCAAAAGGAAUCUUCGAAAUCUAGACAGAUACUUGGCUCCAUACGAUUAUGACACGCUUGUGAAAUGGAGCAAUCUAACUGCUAACAUUACAGAAGAAACCGUUCGAAGACUUUCACCAGAUAACGGGAUAGUGCGCAAUUCGAUAGAGCUCCUUUCAUGUGCUGAUGCCGACCGGCCCAGAGGAGCCAACACAUCUCUUGAACCGACUUCUACAAGAUUAACAAAGAUUCGUUCAUGGAUGGACGAGGAAGAGUUACUUCCAAAAUUAAAAGCUAUUCCAGGAACUAUACCUAAGUUUACAUGCCUCCCUCCACGAUGCCCGAAGAAUGCCCCUCCAUCAGAAAUAUCCAAACAUUACAUAGAUUCGAUAGCAGCUGUUGAGCUGCUUUUGCAGGGUUGCGAAAAAGAAAUUUACGAAGAAAUAGAAUUUACCUUUAUUUUAUUUCUUUGUUGUCAUUCAAUAGAAGCAUUGAGCCAUUGGAGAAACAUUUUGCUUCUGUUGAGUAAUUCCGAAAAAGCUGCCGAAAAAUUUAGUGGCUUCUUUAGAAAAUAUUCCACGGUACUGCAACAUCAGCUUCCCGAGCUUCCACUCGAACUCAUGGAACAGAAUCAGAAUAAUACAGUGUAUUUGGAUGUAAGACGAUUAGUUUUAAAUUGCUACCAGGCAGGACUUACAUCAGCGGCUCGGCAAUUGGAGAAAAGCAUAAACGAAACAUUGUUAUGGAAGUUUGAAAAUUUAUUCGAGGAAGAUCCAGACGAGAUGCCUACGGUGGUAGAGCUAUAAAUAAAAAGAUAUGCAAUUAAAAGUA